AUGUCGGAAUCGUCACCCCCGCCGACCUCGAGACGCUUCUCGCCUACCCCAGUCGAAACGACGGUGAAGAGGGUACGACGAUUCGCGGCAGAGCCCGUCGAGACAACAACUCGGAGCAGUAAGAAGGAGGAGAAGAAGAAGGAGACUUAUGGCGGGGUUGACGCGACGGACUUUGCGGCUACUGAUGCCGCUCCUAAGAGGCGGUUCGCUCCCGAGCCCGUCGAGACAACCUUCAGCAGUAGCAGACAGCCUAAGCCUCUCCCUACGUCGGAACCUAUCCCAGCGUCAAUUCCUCAGGAUUCUCCUAAAGAGCAUACGACGCCGAGGCCGAGGAGACGAUUUGUGCCGGAACUCAUCGAGACGUUGAAGAGAUCCAAGAAGGCGGGUGACUCAAGACCCGCUACCCUACCUACGGAUAAGACCGACCUGACGCCAGGUGUGCCAAACAUAUACACACGGCCGAAGAAGAAGUCCCGCCUGCCUGCCGUCUCAGCUCCCCCCGAUAACAUUCCAAACGAAAAUUCUGCACAUUUACAGACUACUUCCCCCUUACCGCCCCGGCGGCAGCAAUCAAUGCGUCCCCACCCGAAUUCAAGACGGAGCACGAGACAAAACUCCUUCCAGCCUGAGCUGGAAGCCAUAGUCUCCUCGGACGAGUCCUCGGACGAGGCGGAAGUAAACCUUGAGGAUGAAGAGGGCUAUGGCGAUGAUGAGGGCACACCGUCACUGUCGGGAUCAUUCGGGUCCUCAGAAGAUUCCAUGAUGAGACUUCAACUAGCACGGACACGAGAGAGCUGCGAUGAUAGAUUCUCCGGAUAUCUAUUGGCUCUGGCAGCCAAGGCGGCAGAGAAACAGAUGCGAGAACAGGCGCUGGCAGCAUUCCCCAACGAGUCCAUGCACCAUAUAGUCGAGCACUUCUACGACAGGGAGAUAGAAGGUGCCUCGGAUGAGGAAUCCGUCGAGGGCGUAGGUCUAUUGGUCCUCGACGACCCGAAGCUGGACACCAUUUGUCGCAAGUCAACAGAGGUAGGUUGGGCCGCCAAAGAGAUGCAACAACACCAAGAGAAGCUCAACCGUCUCCGCGAAGACGAAGUCAACGCCAAAAUCGCCGCCGAAGCCACGCAACCCACCUUUCCGGACCCCUUUUGGACCAAUGGCAUGACAGUCAAAACUUCUGCUCUAGCACGCGCUCAAGAUGAGCCCAUAGAUAAGCAGAAGGAAGCAGAGCUUAAACGCAUGCGCUUGGCAGCCUCUCCGCCCAUGCUCGGCUCCGAUCUCAAGUUCCGGAUGUGCCCGUCUCCCAAGGCCACAAAAUUUGAGAGCGACCAGCGCAUCAACGUGCAGCAGCCCAACCGGGACGAGAAUGGCGGCGGUCUCUGGGGUGGCUACUGCGUUGCAGAGGAGCCAGGGGAAUUCCUGAGUCCGAGCAUCAAUAAGCAGCCCGCGCUGAUCCACACCCCGCUCCCGCAGGGUAGUGGCGAUGGCGACCCGUUUUCUUCCGCGUUCUCUAAUGCUGUGCCGAGUGGUGCCAAGACGCCUUCUAGACCUGCAGGAGGGCCACGGAUGUUGACUGGUAUCGACGACAGGCUGAAGGCCGAAAUGCUGAAGGCGAAGCAAGAUGAGGUGCUGCUGGCGGAGUUUGACGCUACGUUUGUUACGCAGGUCUAUAAUUAUCUGAGUCUCGGUUACCCUUCGUUAGCGCGCAACUAUGACGAAGAGUUAGCACAGGUCUCUCGUGUUCCAAUUGAGGAGCUGAGGGCUGAGGAUUCGAAAAAGAAUGCCAAGGGUUACAUUGGUAUUACUGAGGGGGUGAAAGAGGAGUACUGUCCGCGGUGGAAAGCGCUCAGGGUGUAUAUCCUGGAGUGGGCGAGACAGCAUCCAAGUAUGAGUAACGGGGCUGCGAGCCCGGGUGCGUGGGGUGUAAGGGCGAGGAGGGGGUCGUGGGCUAUCUGA